CUCCCACUAACUCCCCUCUACUCCAACCACAGCUCGGGACCACAUCCCACCUUCCACCAUGGAGCUGAACCAGACCUCCCCACCUCCCUCAUAUCCCGUGAUGGACACCGAAGGAGAUGAUUCCUGUGGGAUCAAUGUCACAGAUGCGGCGAUAGACGGUGUCACACUGCUCAUCUGCCUCUGUGGGCUGGUUGGGAAUGGGGCUGUCCUCUGGCUCCUUGGAUUCCACAUCCGCAGGAACCCUAUCACCGUCUACAUCCUCAACCUGGCCAUUGCUGACUUCACCUUCCUCCUCUUCAUGAUCCCCUCCUCUCUGCUCUACCUGCUGGAGGACCUGUCCUGCUCCACUGUCGUGUCCCUGAAGUACCUGAGGUCCCUUCUCCUGCUGUCCCUGUUGUCCUACAACAUGGGGCUGUACCUGCUGACAGCUAUCAGCAUCGAGAGGUGUGGCUCGAUUCUCUUCCCCCUCUGGUACCGCUGCCGCCGUCCCAAACGCCUGUCCUGGGUGGUGUGUGCUCUGCUCUGGGCACUGUCCAUCACUGUCAUGGUGGUGGUGACCUCCCUGUGCCUGUCACACGAGCAUGAGCACUGCCGGGUGGCUCUCAUCUCCAUGUAUGCCCUCAACUUCCUCAUCUUUGCUCCACCCAUGGUCAUCUCCAAUGUGAUCCUCUUCAUCAAGGUCCUGUGUGGCUCCAAGAGACGUCAGCCUAAGAGGCUCUACAUCGUUAUUUUCCUCACUGUGCUCUUCUUCCUCAUCUUUGGAGUGCCCCUCAGCCUCUGGAAUUUCCUUCAGCAGCUCAAUUACUUUGUUGUGUCCUCCCAGGUGGUUUUCCUGCUUGCCUGCAUCAACAGCAGCAUCAACCCCUUCAUCUACUUCUUGGUGGGGAGCUGCUGGAGGCACUGCUCCAUUGUGUCGCUCCAGGUCGCCUUCCGGAGGGUCUUUGAGGAGACAGGGAUCACCACAAUCUCCAGCUGAAAGCCCACUGUGGUCCCACUGGCCGUGCUGCCCACAGCGGCUUCAUGCUCAGCUGCCCAGCCUUGCUCCCAGCCAGCCCUGCAGGCCCUCUUCCUGCAGCUGUGGGUCAGGAUGCAUCUUAUAGC